UUGAAAAACAAAUACCGGAAAAUAAUAGACAAGAAAAACUCAAACGGCUAACUUCCUGCCACACUCAAUAUGGCAGACUUCUGCAGCCACAUUUUCGGUAUCAACGAGACGUAGUGACGUUCAUGGCAAAAGAAACCAAAACUGGCUGAAUGACAUGUAAACUUAAGCGAUGGAAGAAGCAACAGAUAUGAUUUCCCUCUUUUAUUGUAAAAUUACUUGACGCUGAGUGCAUGAGCGGUGCUCGUGCAGUUAAAGAGGAUGUCGCGCGUCACAGCUGAUCUGGAGUAUCAAACACUUCUCGAGUGUAAUUACUGUUACCCCAAUGAGGUGCUUGAUGACAUCAAAGACGUGUCGGCAGAUUUCCCACACCUGCAGCUAUAUGUGGACUUUUAUUUCUAUCCCAAUAAUGAUAAAAAGAAGUUGGUUUAUUUGGGUGGCACCGUUCCUGUAACAUAUGAAGGUGCUACGUACAACAAUCCAGUUUGCAUCUGGAUCCAUGAGACCCAUCCCAAAAACCCACCCAGGUGUUUUGUCUGCCCUUCACCCUCCAUGAUCAUCAAUGCUAAAAGCAGCAAUGUUGAUGCCAACGGUCGCGUUCUUCUCCACUGUCUCAGCAACUGGAAGAUUGGCUGGUCAAACUUGUCGGUAGUUUUGGAAGAGAUGAUUGCCGCCUUUCAACGUGAAACUCCUCUUUUUGCCACCUAUCCAGUCCGAACCCCUCCAAUACAUUCUCAAGCAAAGCACCUGGCAGCUGAACUGGUAGUUCAACCGAAUCCUGUUUCGUCCUAUGGCAGCUGGCCUCAUACAGGCAGCAGUUCAGUGCAAAAAAUGUCAACAGCUCAACAUGGAGCAUCCAUCUCUUCUGUGCCUCAGCAUGCCAGCAACAGCCUACCCAAGAGUACAAAGUCCCAGAUGAACCUGAAUCAAGCCAGUGAAACAGAGAUGAGCGGAGUAAGGAGAUCAUACACGCAAGAGCUGCUGGAUUUCGGGAUCACAUUUGGUGCACAAGCUUUGGAGGCUAACCACCAAACAAACCCAUUUAUUUCUCCUGCCUCAGCUCCCACCAGCAAUGCUUCUAAUGUUGAUGACAUAGACGACCUGUUCAAAAGCCUUCAAUUACAAAGAGUUGUCAACAUGUACCAGUUGAGCAACAGGGAGAGAGAUGUUCAUCAUGCUAGAGGAGCGUGGCAGGAUUGUGGUGGUGGAGUUCAUUCAGGCUUAGUGGAUGACCGUCACAAGGUGGUGGUGAGCAGGCUUCCUGUGGGCGUCUCUCCCAGCAAGAUGAAGAACAAGCUCACUCUCUUCUUCCAGCGGAGGCAGAACGCAGGCGGAGAGGUUCUGGAUGUCAAGUACCCUGCAGCACAGCCAGACCAGGCCUGGGUGCUCUUCAGACACCAGAGAGGUACUAUGGGACAUCACUGAUAAACUCCACUAAAGAAAAAUGUACUAUUUCGAUUAAAGGUUUACUGUUCUUUUAUUAAUGAGCAGCAAUUUCCUAUUCAGCUGAAGAGCUUUGAAGACAUGGAGAUCCCAGGUGGUGUCCAAGGUGAGAAAGCUGAAAUGUUUAGGAGCAUCUUGAGUCUGGAAGGGUGCAGUUUCAGCUCCACAGAUGUCCUGGAAGCAGUGCAGUCGUGCCGAGACCUCCCCUCUGCCCUGAAAUAUCUCUGCCAUGAUUGCCCUAUAUGCCAGGAGCAAGUAUCAUUCAACAGGAUGGUCACCAUGACACACUGCUCUUGCACAUUCUGUGAGAGCUGUUUUAAGAAGUAUUUCUCCUCUGUCAUUAAGGAGAAGAAUAUAGUACAUGCUGUGUGUCCCCUCUGUAAUCUUCCUGAUGUACAAAGAGGCCGCAGGGAGGAGUCUAUGGAGUACUUCAGUUUACUCGACACACAGAUCAGGUAUUAUUUGGACCCCCAGAUCCAUGAGCUCUUCCAGAGGAAGCUCAGAGACCAGGCACUGCAGGAAAUGCCUAACUUCCGUUGGUGUGCACAUUGUUGCUUUGGGCUCCUUCAUGAAGCAGACAGGCUGAGAAUGGAUUGCCCUUGCUGUGGGAAAAGCACAUGCUUUCAAUGUAAAAGGCCGUGGGCUCCACAGCAUGAAGGAAUCUCAUGCGAGAAGUUCAAAGAGUGGGAGCAACUCAACAGCCCCGAGUACCAAAACUCAAGGCUGGAGCAGCUUCUCAGCAGGAACAAAAUAGACUGUCCAAAAUGCAAAUUUCGCUUCUUCCUGGCCAGAGGAGGCUGUUUGCAUUUCAAAUGCACUCAGUGCCAACACGAAUUCUGCGGAGGCUGCAGUCAGCCAUUUAAACAAGGCUCUGCCUGUAGUUUUUCUACCGAGUGCGGAGCUAAGGGGUUACACGCUCAUCACCCUCGAAACUGCCUAUAUCAUCUGAGAGACUGGAGUGUCCCGAGACUACGGACCCUGCUGCAGCACUAUGGGGUAUCACAUCCCCUCAUGUUCAGCCCCAAAAAUACAGUGGGGAGACACUCUAAAGGUAUUUGUGGUGUAAUGGAGUUCCAAGAAUCAGGAGCUGUGAAGGAGGAGCCAUGUGGACGACCAGCUCUCCCAGAUUACAGUGGUUACUGCACGGUACAUUAUAAAGAGUGUCUGGUGGAGCUAAUAAACAACAACGCACUAGACCCUGUGGUACUGUUAGAUGGUGUAGAGUUGAGGGCAGAAAUGGACCGCUGGAAAGUGCCAGUCCCAGACAAGCAACCUUUAGAACCAGAUCAACGGUACGAGGACAGACUUCGGCAGAUCCUAAAACAGAAGGUUAGUCUGACCAGCGGUACAGCUCAUGGAUUGACGGCAGCUGCUCCUCCCACACCAUCCCCCUCUUCUCCUCCUGCGGCUGGAGCUCCAUGGUUCUCCAUCUUAAGCCGGGCCGUUCCUGAGGACUCCCAGCAACUGCUGCUGCUGACUGAUUGAAGAGCAUAUCAGAGCACAUGGACUUAAUAUGCAACUCUGCUGUCAUUGUUAACAUUAACAUAGUGACAACUCUGGAUUCAGACAAAUUGUUUUUCGAUACAUUAUUAUGAAAACAGAACGUCUUUCUUACCCCUACACAAUUUUAAUGUAAUGCCAGAGGGAAAUUAUGCUUAAGAAUGAGCAUAGCAACCAGCAAUGAUGCAGGAAUUUCAUCCAUUCUUACAAUAUGAGCACUAAAGUUUCUGUAUCAUACUUAGUAUAUUUACAACACAUAAGCUUUCUUCAGUUAAGGCUUGUGGCUUUCAAAACUACUCAAGUUCUCUAAUUGUUGGCAGUGAGGAUCUACUUGUACUGGCUCUUAACUGUUUUAUAUUAAUGGUGUAUUAAAUCAGCUUUAUACAGUAUAUGCAUUAUACUGGGCACAAGUUUGCACUUUUGGCCCUUGUGAAAUGGGUAUUAUUAGCAUGAUCCAUAAGAGGUGUGAGAGGUUAUGUGUUGCUGAUAUGGUUAUUUUACUGUGUGAAUAACUGUGAAUAUAAAACAUUUAUUUUCUCACGGUC